AACUUUGAAUACAGUCUGGAUUCAUUAACUUUUAAUUAAAAAUUAACUUUAAAAUACUUUCAAAUUUAACUUGGUAAAUUUAUUGAUGAAAUUCUUUUUUUUUUAACGUCUCAUUAAUUAUGCUAUUACAACGAUGAGAAAUAUUACAUAGACGAUUCUACAGCCGACAAUUCUACCAUCAUAAGAGAAUGCACGUCUGACUCCAUCACUCCGAGCCGCCCUAUGAGAUCCAUGUUCGAUGAUAAGCCCUGCACCAUGCUGAAGACCUCUUGUAACCUUUUUUCUCCAUAAUCUGCAUAAUUUGCGAAACCCCAGACCUCCUGGUGUACGUAGAAGUAUUAAUGAACCCUUAGUCAAACCACUCGACUAAAGAGGCUUCCACAUUGAUGAAAUUCUUAAUUUCCAAUAAGUUUUAGCGAAGUUGUAUAAAUAACUAAUUCAAUAACACCAUCAAUUUUACAUAAUUAUUAUACAUGCUAAAUUCAAUACAAGAACAUUUGGAAAAACAAAAUCUUUCAGAUCUCUAAUCCAAUGAACCCCAUAAGUAUCUGCCCCAUAUAUCACAUUCCCUAUACAUAACCCUAUUCCAAUGAGAUGGGGCUUUUUGGGUAUAUGCUCGUGGUAUAUGCUCAGAACAUGAUUUCUCUUACUAGGUCGUAUAACACUUCAAAAACACUUAUAAUAUGGUUUCUUUAACUUCCAUUUGACAACAUAGAUGUAUUUGCUGUUUAAUUGGCUAGCUCUACUAUCCGCAAUCACACACGUAUAUAUAUGUAUCUAUGUCGCUGGACAUUUACAACCAAAACAGAUUCAAGAGAAAACAUAAUCUAGAAAACUUGUCUUUGAUCAAGCUAAAAUGUGCGAAUUGGGCCCUGCAUUGUUUCCAAAAUUUGGGAUGGAAUUGACUGGAGAGCACGAGAGCUACUCCACCAACGCCACGUCGUUUCUUGAUUUUCCGGUACCAAAUACGCAUGGAGUGGCUCAUCAUGAGACCAGCUUUGGGGUUUCUGUUUCGUCCGAGGUAAAUGGAAUUGACAACAAUUCGGUCAUGAUCAAGAAGCUUUGUCACAAUGCUAAUGAGCGUAACCGUCGCAAGAAGAUCAACUCUUUGUUCUCAACUCUUUGUUCAUGUCUUCCAGCCUCUGAUCAACUGAAGAAGCUAAGUAUUCCUCAGACGGUUUUGCGGACCGUGAAGUACAUACCGGAGCUGCAAGAGCAAGUGAAGAAGCUAACUCAAAAGAAGGAAGACCUCAUGGGGCGAGUAUCGGGUCAAAGAGACACUGACCGUUACAUUAAGCCGCAACCACAAGCGGUUGCUAGUUAUGUCUCCACCGUUUUUGCGACUAAGCAUGGAGACAACGAAGUGAUGGUCCAAAUCUCAUCGUCCAAGAUUCAUAAGUUUUCGAUAUAUAACGUGUUGAAUGGAUUAGAAGAAGAUGGUUUUGUUGUUGUGGAUGUUUCAUCUUCGAGUUCUCGAGGAGAAAGACUUUUCUACACUUUGCAUCUUCAAGUGGGCAAGGCUGAUAGUUACAAGCUAAUUUGCGAAGAGUUAAGUCAAAGGACAUUGUACUUGUAUGAGGAACAUGGAAACUCCUUCAGAUAUUAAUUUGUUCUUAUUUCUUUAAGCCAUGUCUUCUUCAUUUUGACCAAGCGUUAUAAUCUAGACUUGUUUCUGUUUUUUUUUUUUCUUUUUUGUCGAAGGUAGUGGUCGAUUACUAAUAGAAUUACCACUACAUUCUUAUUACAGCAAUAAAAUUUACUUUUUGUCUAGUUUAUUACCACUACAUUCUUGUUUCUGUAAUUUAGUUUUUGAAACCUACAGCCAUAAUAAACUUUGCAAUAUACGAUUUUGCACAGCAAGUUUUCUAGAGCACUAGUUUAAGUGCUUUGAGAAUGAUUUUUUCUUUCUUUUGACAAAUAUUGUGCUCUAUCUCUCUACUAAAUAUAUAAUAAAUAUAUAAAAUAUAUGUAUAUAAAUGACUAGAAUAUUAUAAUUAUUAAGUAAAGAUUAUGUACAGCAUAUAAAUAUAAAAAUAAAGUUUAAUUUCAAAUUUCAUGAUUAUGUCACUACAAGAAAACAGCGGCAUACUGAGGGAAGAAAUCGUCCGUAUGUCGUUCGGAAUAACGCUAUUCCGACGACAUACCGACGAAAAAAGUCCUCGGAAAUAACUCCUCAGAAAUUCAUCUUUCCUCGGAAAUUUCCGACGGAAUUCCGAAGAAACCUUAUUUCCUCGAAAUUUACGAGGACCACAAGUUCGUCGGAAAUUCCUCGGAAUAUUCCGAGGAAGAUGUCGUCGGAAUAUUCCGAGGGAUAAACU